UCCCGGAGCUGGAGGGGGCCAGACGGCCCCUUGCCUGAUUCUCCACCCCUAGCUGGACAGUGCGAGAAGGCAUUUCUAAACCCCUGUCGCUGACACGAGCUAGGCCUGUUGUUCUCGCAGCGUAACUACCGGGGCCAAACGCAGUCAGCGCAGCCCGGCGGGCAGCCUGGAGGCUCAGGUCCAGCCUGUCCUGUGUGCAGGAGGGCUGAACCCACUGACCUCACAGGGCUGUGAGGAGAAUCCCUCGGCAAACGUCCAGCACACAGAAGGUUCCUCCAGGGACGCUCGCUGGCCUGCUGUGAUCUAAAGGGCAAGAGGCCUGAGCCGGGCUGUCUGCGUUCCAGGCUCCCGGGGGCUGCGGACACAUCAGUGAGCCAUUAGACCAGGCCGACCCUUGCCUGGAGGCCUCCCGGGGCACAGCAGCUGAUGCCCUUCACACCGUGCCUUUGCUGGACCCGGCUUGAUGGACACCAGAGACACCCCAGUGCACGCAGAGGGUCGGACCAAGGCUCCAGGGGCGCCGUCGAGUCCCGGCCUGAGGCACAUCCCAACGAGAGCUGUUGCUGAGCCCGCGCUCUCGGGAGUCGGCCAGGAGGGGAAGGCGGGAGCCCGCAUCGCACCUGGGAAGCCCACGCCCGAGGCAGCCCCGUCUGAUGAAGCAGGUCACCCAGUGGGGGCUGAUGGACCAGCCAGGCCCCGAGCCGGAGCAGUGGACACCAUGGAAGGCCUUUCUCAGAAGCUGUGAGGAGCGGCAAGUCCCUCAGGUGCCCCCGCACGCUGUGCUCGCUGUGAGCACCUUGGCUCAGCCGCAGAUCUGCACUCGGGUCCACGGCGGGCUCUUAGUGCUGAACAACAGCCGACCCGCACCCCACCCCCUUGCCCACUGCCUCUGGCUCCUCCUUGUCUCUCUCCAACACCCUUCGCAGGUUGUGUUUGUGGGUGCUGCAGAAGGGGGCCGUGGGCCGCAGCCCGCAUCCGCUCCAGAAGGGCCGGAAGAGGGGCCCGCACACGGCGAGGUGGCCGAGGAGGGGCCGACGCAGCUCCGGGUCCAGGAGCAGAGGCCUCCUGCCAGACCAGGGAAGAAGCAGUCAUCUUGGACCCCUCAGGAAGGGCCCAGGGAGCUGCAAGUGGACCAGGCUCCAGCCAGGCCAGGGCAGGAGCUGGAGAGGCCGCCUUCUGUGCAGGGGCAGCCUCCCAGGAGUUGCCAGGGCCCAGAGCAUCCGUCCACCCCCGGUCACCAGGCAGCAGACAGAUCAGACAUAGUGGAGCCAGCAGAUCCGUGUCGCACCCCAGACAGCUGUGGACCGCCACUGGGAGCCGGGCCCCCCCAGGAGGCGGGCAUCCCUCACAUCCGGGCAGAGGGGGCCCCGGCAGAGCCCCCCCAAAGGGGCCCCAAGGACAGCUCCCAGGACGCCACGCUCUUAAUACCCACGGAGGCUCCAGAGGAGAGGCUAGCCCAUGGCUUCCUGCCAUCAACGCCCGGAGAGGGGGGGGAAGCAGUGGAGACCCAGCCAGCACCAGCACCUCUCCCUGCACCGAUGCCCUCUGUGUCCCCGCAGGUGAGGGACAUGGGAGAGAGGCGGGAGCCAGACCACGCGCAGAACCAGCCUGAGGAGCCCGCGGGGGCCCAGGGCCCCGAACCCCCUCGCCAGGGCUUCAUGAAGUGCUUGCUGGCGGUGGGGGAGGAGGAGGAGGCCGCCCACCGGAGAGCCUCGAGGGCCCGGGCCCCGCCGGGCCGCAAGCUCCCCAGGACCCCCACCCCUGUGCCCAUCUCAGCCCCAAGCCUGCCCCUGCCCCAGAUGCCCGCCUCAGCUCCCGCCACUGCCUCUCCGUGGACUCGGUCGCUGACCCCUGGGCCUGGCCCUGCCCCCGCGGGUGCUCCAGUGGCUGCAGUGCGGGCGCCCUGGAGGAAGACGGAGCUCCUGCACGGGGGCAGCGAGCGGACCCUGAGCAGCUGCAGGGCACGGCAGGAGCCGGAAGACCACGGCCUCCGGAAGCUGUGUCAGAGCUGGGAGGAGCGGCCCGAGGAGCGCCUCACCCUGCGGCAGGAGGAAGCUUUCCGCAGCUACUUCGAGAUGUUCAAUGGCCCGGGCGAGGUGGACGCGCAGAGCCUGAAGAACAUCCUGCUCCUGGUGGGCUUCUCCCUGACGCCAGCCCAGGUGGAGGACGCGCUGAUGAGCGCCGACGUCGACGGAGACGGGCACGUGGACUUCAAAGACUUCUUGGCCGUGAUGACAGACACCAGGCGCUUCUUCUGCUCCGUGGAACAGAAUGCCCCGACGGACAUGGCUCUGCCCAACCCGCACACCCUGCUCUUUGAGAUCCUGUCCCUGCUGGUGGAGAUGCUGGCCUUACCGGAGGCGGCCUUAGAGGAGAUCACGAACUACUACCAGAAGAAGCUGAAGGAAGGCACCUACAAGGCCCGAGAGGUGGAGACGGCCAUAGGCCGGCUGCGGGCGCAGAAGCUGCUCCCCACCGGCCCUCAGCCUGCAGACGGCUUCGAAGUCCCAGAACGAAGGGUCCUCAGGCUCCUGAGCCGGCUGAAGCAGCAGAACUACGCUGCCAACCUGCAGAGUCCCUAUGCCCAGGUUCCCUGCAUCCCGCUGUGCCCACGACUGGACAAGAAGAUAGUCCAACGGAAGCAGGGCAGCCACUUCGUGCUGGACCAGUACAACCCCUCCAGCCUGGGCCCGGACAUUCGUGGCCUCUUCUUCCAGCCAGGAUCUCAAGGCAAAAGAGAAUACAGCUCUGACAGCCGGAAGUGGCUCAGCUCCGUAUCAGCUCAAACCCACUGACCCUCUUCUCUGAGCAGCGCAACUGUUCAUGGCCUGCGGACGGACGGGGCUCCAGGCGGGGCUGCUGCCGUCUGCCUGUAUGGCCUGGUAAGCCAAUAAACACAAGAACCGCAGCCUCCGUGGCGAGGACCCUGGUCUCACUCCUUCCUCGGGUCUCCGAGAGCAGGGCUCCAGCUUGGCUCUGGCCUGAGAACCCCGAGGCGAGAGUCGCCUCAAGGCCCUGGCCUGUGCCCUGGGUGCUGGGCCUCCCACGCACUUUGCAAGCACAGAGCUGGGCGGCCCUUCCUCACCAUCCUCUCCUGCUUUGGACUGGGGCCCCACGCUCGCAGGGAGUGGUGAGCGUUCAGGGAAGUACCUGGGAAAGACCGAGUCCCCGAAGGCAGCAGGCCCUCGGACGCGCAGGAGGGAGCCGCAAGACCCAGGGCUCGCCCCAGCCUGCACACCAUCCGGAGCCUCCCAGGAGGCAGGCAGGGGUAGCUCCAGGUAGGAGGCCAGGGGCUGAAAUGAAGACAAGGACCUGACAAGUUUAAAACAUGUAUUUAAAAUACAAUUUAUAAAAUGCUUAAUCUGCCGACUCAGGAGCCCGCGGUGCGGGGUGGGGUGGGGGUAGGCAGCUGCCCGCAUCACCAGCAGCAAAGACUGCGUGGGUGCGGCCCUCCCUCCCAUUCCCUUCUGUUCAGACACCCAAGGGGCCCGUGCGCUCCCCUGGGAUCACACGACCAGAAAACAGGACCCCGGAGGUUUCUUGAGUCUCUGCUUACCAGGGAAGCUGGGUGCAGCCCUGCCGGCCCCUCCCUGAGCAGAGCACCCCCAGAUGGGGCAGAGCAGGGUAUGGCUGGGCAGGGCAGGGCUGGGUGAGGCAGGUGGGCUCUGGAAGGGGCUGAUGGUAGCAGAUAGGGUGUUGCCUCCUGCCUGCAGGUGGGGAGCACCCUCAUUGAGUGGGCUGAGAAGGGUUGGUCACCAGGCCCGGCCCCCCAGCUCCUUUGGUUAUAGGCUGACAUCAGAGUAGUGGCUCAUGGGAAGCGGGUAGCUGGAAGGUCUGAGGCCUGGCUCAUGGGGUCCGGGGGGAGCUGGGGUGGGGGAGGGACAGUACCAAGAAGGCAGAUAAAGGGGCAGCAGCCUCAGGUUUCUGCCCCUCACCCCCCCAGGGAUUUCCAAGCCAAAGCCUGCAACUUACUUUAAAAAAAAAAAAAAAAGGAAAA